AUGACAGCACCUAAUGUAAGGAGAGCCUGUGUUGCUGCCAUUAUUCGCUGGAGACCCUAUUUGGAAGUAAAUUCGUCCACAGCCGCUACGCAAGAGCAACAACAAACAGAGAAAUUGGCCGUGUCGCCUAUGGAAUUCCUAAAUCAAUCCUGGGUAAAUGACACCCAAGGCGAGGCUGAAAUUUUAUUUAUACAGCGUGCUUUACAUCCAGGGGAUUUCUGGUCUGGUCAUGUUGCAUUUCCAGGUGGCAAGAAUGAGCCUCAAGACAAAUCUGAUCUCGAUACAGUGAUUCGUGAAUGCAAAGAGGAGAUUGGCAUUGAUCUGAGCUCGCCCAGCUUCAUACCAUUAGGCACAUUGGAGCAUCGGGACAUCAAAAACAUCAAAUUGAACAAGCUAAUGAUGGUGCUGAUACCUCAUGUUUUCUUGCAGGUAUCUGCUAUCACACCACCAUUGACAAUUCAGACGUCUGAAGUAGCCGAAAUACAUUGGAUACCUGUCAAAUACCUUUUAAGAGAGCCCAUUGUGGCCUAUAGCCCUUUGGGAGACGUUGUGGUUGCUCCUGAAAUGCACACGCCAUUUCCACCAUCUGUCAAGGUCGCCGCUAUCCCAUUCUUCAGUACCAAAAACAACAGAAAACCCCACUUAUGGGGGAUGACACUGAGAAUGACACAGGAUAUCUUUGACAUGACACCCUCACACACUGUCAUGACCGAUGAAGAAGCAGAAAAAUACGAAUCAAAGCUAUGA